AGGAUGCCGGUGGCUGAGGCCCCCCAGGCGGCUGGUGGGCAGGGUGAAGGAGGUGAUGGUGAGGAGGCAGAGCCGGAGGGGAUGUUCAAGGCCUCUGAAGACUCCAAGAGAAAAGUCCGGGACCACCUCCGCCUGGCACCCCUGUGGCUGACCCUGGUCGUGUUGGCUUCAGGGGGGUUCCUGCUCUGGUAUUUCCUAGGGUACAAGGCAGAGGUGACCGUCAGCCAGGUGUACUCAGGCAGCCUCCGCGUGCUCAAUCGCCACUUCUCCCAGGACCUUGCCCACCGGGAGUCCAGUGCCUUCCGCAGUGAAACCGCCAAAGCCCAGGAGAUGCUGAAGGCCCUCAUCACCAGCACCCGCCUGGGCGCUUACUACAACUCCAGCUCCGUCUACUCCUUUGGGGAGGGACCUCUCACCUGCUUCUUCUGGUUCAUCCUCCAAAUCCCCGAGCACCGCCAGCCGAUGCUGAGCCCUGAAGUGGUGCGGGUGCUGCUGGUGCAGGAGCUGCUGUCCACUGCCAACCUCUCGGCCCCCGCGCCCUACAGGGCAGAGUAUGAGCUGGACCCCGAGGGCCUGGUGAUCCUGGAAGCCAGCGUAAAAGACAUAGUUGCACUGAAUUCCACGCUGGGCUGCUACCGCUACAGCUACGUGGGCCAGGGCCAGGUCGUCCAGCUGAAGAGGCCCGACCACCUGGCCUCCAGCUGCCUGUGGCACCUGCAGGGCCCUGAGGGUCUCACGCUCCAACUCAGGCUCGAAUGGAUGCUGGCCGACUGCCGGGACCGGCUGGCCAUGUACGACGCGGCCGGGCCCCUGCAAGGGAGGCUCAUCACCUCGGUCUAUGGCUGCAGCCGCCAGGAGCCCGUGCUGGAGGUCCUGGCGUCGGGCGCUGUCAUGGCGGUUGUCUGGAAGAAGGGCCUGUACAGCUACUACGACCCCUUCGCGCUGUCCGUGAAGCCCGUGGCCUUCCAGGCCUGUGAGGUGAACCUGACCCUGGAGGGCCAGCUGGAGACACAGGGCGUCCUCAGCACACCAUACUUCCCCAGCUACUACUCGCCCAACACCCACUGCUCCUGGCACCUGACGGUGCCCUCCCUAGACUAUGGCUUGGCCCUCUGGUUUGACGCCUAUGCACUGCGGAGGCAGAAAUACGACCUGCCGUGCACCCAGGGCCAGUGGAUGAUCCAGAACCGGAGGCUGUGUGGCCUGCGCACCCUGCAGCCCUAUGCCGAGAGGAUCCCCGUGCUGGCCAGCACCGGCGUCACCAUCACCUUCACCUCCCAGACCUCCCUCACCGGGCCCGGCGUGCAGGCGCACUACGGCUUGUACAACCAGUCGGACCCUUGCCCGGGAGAGUUCCUCUGCUCUGUGAACGGACUCUGCGUGCCCGCCUGCGACGGGGUCAAGGACUGCCCCAACGGCCUGGAUGAGAGGAACUGCGUGUGCAGAGCCACCUUCCAGUGCCAGGAGGACAGCACGUGCAUCCCCCUGCCCAGGGUCUGCGACGGGCAGCCCGACUGUCUCAACGGCAGUGACGAAGAGCGAUGCCAGGAAGGGGUGCCCUGUGGGACAUUCACCUUCCAGUGUGCGGAUCGAAGCUGCGUGAAGAAGCCCAACCCGCAGUGUGACGGGCGGCCGGACUGCGGGGACGGCUCCGAUGAGCUGAGCUGUGACUGUGGCCUCCAGGGCCCCUCGGGCCGAAUUGUGGGCGGGGCCGAUUCCUCAGAGGGUGAGUGGCCGUGGCAGGCCAGCCUCCAGGUUCGGGGCCGACACAUCUGUGGGGGAGCCCUCAUCGCUGACCGCUGGGUGAUCACAGCUGCCCACUGCUUCCAGGAAGACAGCAUGGCCUCGCCGGCGCUGUGGACGGUGUUCCUGGGCAAGGUGUGGCAGAGCUCCCGCUGGCCGGGCGAGGUGUCCUUCAAGGUGAACCGCCUGCUCCUGCACCCCUACCACGAGGAGGACAGCCACGACUACGACGUGGCCCUGCUGCAGCUGGACCACCCCGUGGUGCGCUCGGCCGCGGUGCGCCCCGUCUGCCUGCCUGCGCGCUCCCACUUCUUUGAGCCAGGCCUGCACUGCUGGAUCACCGGCUGGGGCGCCCUGCGCGAGGGUGGCCCCACCAGCAACGGCCUGCAGAAGGUGGACGUGCAGCUGAUCCCGCAGGACCUGUGCAGCGAGGCCUAUCGCUACCAGGUGACGCCCCGCAUGCUGUGUGCCGGCCACCAUAAGGGCAAGAAGGAUGCCUGCCAGGGCGACUCGGGUGGCCCACUGGUGUGCAGGGAGCCCAGUGGCCGCUGGUUCCUGGCGGGGCUGGUCAGCUGGGGCCUGGGCUGCGGCCGGCCCAACUACUUUGGCGUCUACACCCGCAUCACAGGUGUGAUUGGCUGGAUCCAGCAGGUGCUGACCUGAGGAGCUGCCCCCCUGCGGAGCUGGGCCCACCUCC